GCGAGCAUCACCAAAAUGCUCGAUGUCGUGGAUGCCAUCAUCGCCGUUGUCGAAGCGGAAAAGCUACAUGUUGUGCUUGACAUGUUUACAUGUGUCUGUGGUGCGUCGCACAUGUUAAGCAUUUUCAAUGAGAUAGGCGGCCUGUUCGAGAGACAAGCACAUAGGCUAGGCGAGAUCACAGUAAGCACGAUGGAGGAGGUGAGGACACUCGUGGAGGAAGAUGACUCAUGGGCUAUCGAGAUCUCGCGAGGAGGAGGCGAGGUUCACAAGAACACUCGGCUCAUCAUGGAUUGCGUCGUAUCCAUGAAGAAUGCACGGACUUCGAUGCAAAACUCUGCACCGAGCCACAACUCUGAAAACCUUCGCGGCGUGAUCGAUGGCACAAUCGAUUAUCUGAAGGAUCUGCUCUUCACAAAAUCGGAGUCAAGCUCGGAUCAAGGCCUCCGGUAUCUUUUCCUGCUCAACAAUUCCUAUUUCGUAGCUCAUGCGGUCUCUGAGUCAUCAGCAUCUCCUGCAUACCUAAAUCAAUUGCAUUAUUGUGAGGCAUACAUGUAUAGUUAUCUCGAUGUUUCUUGGGGGCAUGUACUCUCCUGCAUACCAAAAUCGAGAUUUCCUGGACCGAUCCAUUGUUGGAUAAACACGUCCUCAUUGGUGAAAUUCGAGUCGGCAUUUCACAAAACGUACCAGACUCAGAAGUUGUGGAAGGUUCCAGACCCUCGGCUCAGAGAUGCGCUGCGGAGAGCUAUCAUUGAGAGAGUCGUUACAAGUUACCGCAACUACCUGGAGGAGCAUCCGGAGCUAGAGAAACACGCUGGCCGCGAAAGCAGUAGUCCUGAAGUUUUGGAGGAGAUGUUAGGAGAGCUAUUUGAAGGAUGAAAAGUUGAAAACUGCUCAAGAUAUGGGACAGGGUCACCCGACAAAU